AUGGCGCCUUCACCACACUUUCAGGCAAAUUCAGUCAAAGCAUUUAAGGGGAAAUUGGAUUAUCUGAAAGGGAAGAAUGUACAGAAAGACAGUCAUCCUCAGCAAGAUAAACAACAGACAACAUGUGGCUGUUAUGAUAAUAUAUGUUCAGAUGCUGCUUCAGGAAAAGAGAUGAGUGAUGGUUAUGAAGGAAUUCAUGCCAGCGGGAAACAGGAGAACAAAAGCUCAAGGAAACAUCAUAAGAGGUCUACACGUACUCGGUCACGUCAGGAAAAGGCCAGUAAGCCAAAGCUGACUCUUCUUAAUGUGUCAAAUGUGGGAGAUAAGAUGGUAGAAUGCCAACUGGAAACUCAUAAUCACAAAAUGGUAACCUUCAGAUUUGAUUUGGAUGGUGAUGCUCCAGAUGAAAUAGCAAGUUAUAUGGUAGAGAAUGAUUUUAUACUGGAAACGGAGAAGGAGAUUUUCAUUGAACAGAUGAAAGAUAUAAUGGACAAAGCAGAGGAUAUGCUCACAGAAGAAACAGGUGGAGAAAGUGGCUGCAUUCAUAGUACAAUUAUACAAGAAGUUGCUGGGAAGUCUGAGAUUGAUGGUCAGAUGCCAGUUUCUCUACAAUCGCAACAGAAUGUCCUGCAUACAGGCCGAAGGUGGUUUAUUGUAUGUCCGGUUGUGGAAAAUAUUGCAACAGAACUUUCAGAAUCUGCAUCAGGUGUUCCUUCAACUCAACCACAACCAACUUCUACUUCGGAAGCAGAACUAGGAAUUGAUGAGCAAGUUGAAUCUAUAGCAUCUGCUACAAAUGAUAGCACCUCUGGACAUCGUAAUGCAUCUCCACCUUUGGUACCAGUGCUGUCUAAUAUUAUUUAUCCAACAAAUCUAGCUGCACAAGCAACAAUGUCGCCCCUUAUUUCUACACUAUCAAUCCAGAGGGAGGAUAAAACUGUAAAUGAAGCACAACAGAGCAGUCACUGCAUAUAUACUGCUGUUUCCAAUGGAUCGGAUAUUUCAUUUCAAAGCCAACUUGCAGUUCAUGAGCAUUUAGAAGUUUGUUCUACAUCUGUGGUUCCACUGCAGUCAGAAGAAGAACAAUCAGAUGUGGUUUAUAGCCCCCCUGUGGUUGUAGAUAUGAAAUGUUGUCCUGUUGUUCACCCUCUUCCGAUCCAAUCAAUAUCUACACAAACAGAGCAUAAUCUUCCUGCUCAAUAUCCUGAACUUAGCCCAAUUCACAGUGUGGUCUUGGAGCACCAGUCUGUACCACAAGCUUGUGUUCCUGACAUUAUUCCACAAUCUGUUGUAAAGCAGCAACCUUUUGCAAACCAGAUGCAAUCAGCUGUGGGCAUUUCUGGAGCAGUCAUUAAUACAGCAAUGGGUUCUCAGCCCCAGAGUCCCGCACAAGUAGUUCCAGGUGUUAACCAGCAAUUUGCACAAGCGCAGUCUCAGUCAAUUACUUUGACUGGUAUUAUUAGCAGUCAGCAACAACUUUCUCUCGUGGUUGAAUCAGACAGUGAAGGUCCACGUAAAAUUGAAUUUGUGGAUAAUACAAUAAAGACACUGGAUGAAAAGUUACGCACUUUAUUAUAUCAAGAACCUGGUGGAAUUCUCCCUGCAUAUCCUGCUGCAGAAUCUUCUGAAACUGUUGCUUUGGGAGAUGUGGGUUGCACCGAAGAGCUUUAUGCUGAGCCCCUUGGUGAAGUCCUAAAUGCUGCACUUUCUGUGGCCGUUUCUGUUCAUGAUGUAAAGAAUAUAGAUGCACCUAUCCAUUCUGUUUUACCAAUAACCCAAGUCCCUAUUAUGGGGUCACCACCAAGCUUGCAUUCUUUGCCUGCAGAGUUACCUGAAGAAACUUCUAAUCAAGUUGUUCUUAGAGAGGUUCUGUAUCAGCGUGUGAAAGCACCAGUAUUACCUGUAAUGGGAGACUCCAUUUUGGCUUCAAAAGCCUUAGAGACCGGAUCCACUGAUAUUACUGUCUCUUCACUCAGAUCUGAAGUAACAGAAAUGAGGAUGGGUGAAAGUGAAACCAAUGAGGCUGGGGUCAAAAAUCAAAAGCUGGAAGUUAAAGAGUGUAUUCAAAGCUAUGUGCAACCACAGACGACGGAAUUGUCCACAGGAGCAUCGAUUAUAAACGGUCAAGUGACUAUUGCUGACAUCAAUAGGGCAGGCUCAUCCGAUACAAUGUUUGUUAUGUCGUCAACAGUGGAUCUUCUUCCUGUAACAAUAGACAAGUUUGAGGUUGUUCCAACAUCUCAGGACAUUGUUAAUAAAAUUGAGCAUUAUGCAAAAAGUGAAGCUAAGCCAAAUGAAGCACCAGGUUCACCAGGAGGAAACGUAUUCUGUCAAUCAUUAGCAAAUGGUGAAAGUGACCAGAAGAAAGAAAAAAUGGAAAAUAAGCUGCUGUCCAUUACAAGAAUUAACACAAUUGGCAGAUUUUCAGUUAUUAGCACAAAAGAUGAAGUAACUUUAAAAUAUCCUUAUCGCAAUAGGUAUUCUGCACCUCCCGAGCUUUAUUCAAAUACAUCUCCUACUAGCCCUGAUUUGAAGCCUUUGGUUACUCGAACUCAAACCUCUGUUCCAGUGGAAGUUACGCUUCGCAGCCGUCCGUCUUCAGAUUCUGAUGAACCAUUCAGUACAAAACCAAAUGUUCAAACAUCAGUUGCUUGCAAUCAGAUGAGCACAGUUGGAGAAUUUCCUUCAUCAAGAAAAUCAGCUGCUUUGUUGAAAAUUGAGAGGCAGAGACCUGAACUUGCAUAUGGUCAAGCAGCAGCCCCCCCAACCAUAACUAUUAAGUCUGCAUCUCCUUCCCAGUCAUCAUAUAUGAGCAGUGACAAUGACUCUGAAUUUGAAGAUGCUGACGUGAAAAAAGAACUACAGAUACUGCGAGAAAAACACAUGAAAGAGAUCUCAGAGCUUCAAGUUCAUCAAAGACACGAAAUAGAGGAAUUGUAUAGACGUUUAGGAAAACCUUUGCCAACAGCUUUAGGAUUCUUGCAAGCUGUGCCACCUACAGGCAGACGACGGAGACCAAGCAAGAACAAACUAAAGGCUUGCAAGCUACUUAAUCCAUUAGUGCAGUCACUGAAGAAUACAGAAUCCAGUAUAAAUCUUCAAACAGAUAAUUACGCAACUGCUGCAGCUCAAGAUGACCCAAGUAACUGUGAUACACCAGAACCUGCUCGAUCCCAUGAAGUGCAGACAAAACAGCCCUGCUCUAUCAAGUCCUCCUUAUCCUCUGACAAUGUUUGUUCAGGCUUUAUUAGCGAUACAGCAGGUGCUGCACAAGGUGACUUAGCCCAAGGUAACUGGAUUAACAGUUUCUUAACUACAUGGUAUGGUAAUGAGCUGAUUUUGGUUACUGAAAAUCUAUUGGAUUUUAACGUUGUAUGCAAAACUAAGCACAAGCUUUUGCCAAAUGUUUUACUUUGGUAG